AUGUUCACUCGAAUACGGCAAGUAUUCUCCUCGCGCGGCGCGUACGAGCUGGUAGCUGAAACGGAGGACCACGCCAUACGGCGAGCUCCCACCGCCGCCGAGUCCACUUUUCGCCGCGUCCCCGCCGCUGUCCCGCUCAUCGCGCACCUUCUAGCCCUUGUCGAGUUCGCUGAGCGUGCCUCGUACUAUGGCGUAUCUGGCGUCUUCGCGAACUUUGUGCAACGUCCACUCCCGCCAGGGAGUACCACGGGUGCGCCAGCGAAAGGGAGCGACACGCCGCCCGGCGCGUUGGGAAUGGGCCUGCGUGCCAGUGCGACCGUUGGCGGGGCACUCGCCGACGUGCGGUGGGGCAAGUUCCGGACUAUCGCUGUGGGCACCGCCGUAUCAGGGGUGGCCCACGUACUCUGCGUCUGGGCGGCAAUCCCCUCCGUGUUGCUGUCCGGGACCGCCUUCCUUCCCUUCAUCAUUUCCGUCAUCUUACUUGGUGGAGCGACUGGCCUCAUCAAGGCGAACAUCGCCCCACUUAUGGGGCAGCAGUACGUCCACGAGGACUAUGUCGCGACCGUGGACGGGGAACGCGUCGUCGUCGAGAGGGAAGCCACCGUGCAGAAGAUCAUGGCCGCGUACUACCUCUCGAUCAACGUCGGCGCGUUCUUCGCCGUCGCAUCAACAUUCGCAGAGAAGUACGUCGGGUUCUGGCUGGCGUACCUAAUACCGGGCGUCAUCUUCUUCCUGAUGCCGCCUCUCCUCUACUUCGUGAACCCAUAUCUGGAGCCAGAGCCAGCACCUUCCUCCGCCGCCCUGCGUGACGCGUACCACAUCCUCCGUCGCGCGGUCAAGAGCGAACCACCCAGCGCGGCCGAGUAUGAGCUCGCAAGCGAUGGCGAGGUCGGACACGGCGUCGAGCCCAAGGGCGGCGAUGUGAAGCAGGCGCUGCUGGCGUGCAAGUUGUUUCUCUUCUUCGCGAUCUACAACAUUGCCGACGGGGGCCUGAACACGAUCAUGACGAGCAUGGCCGGGGCCAUGACGACGAAUGGUGUCCCGAACGACGUCCUCGAGAAAGCCAACCCGUUCGCGAUCGUGCUCGCGAUCCCACUGCUUAACAAGUUCGUGUACCCGUUCCUCGAGGCCCGCAAUAUACCCCAUGGGCCUGUGCGUCGCAUCGUCGCAGGAUUCAUCCUUGCUGCAGCAGGGAUGCUGUGGUGUGCGCUGCUCCAGUUCGCAGUCUACAGGACAUCUCCUUGCGGAUUCGAGGCCACGACGUGCGAUGAAGUAUCGCCUCUGAGCGCAUGGCUCGUCCUUCCCGCGCCCCUGCUUACUGGCGCGAGCGAGGCAAUCGCCUGCGUUUCCGCGCUCGAGCUCGCGUUCACGAUGUCACCUCCUGGCCUCCGUUCGAUUGUCACGUCUCUCUUCUUGUUCACGCAGGCCAUUUCGGCGAUCCUCGUCCUGGCGUUCCUCCCACUCAUGCACGACCCUCUAUUGGUCUGGACGUUUCUGCUUGCUGCUGUCCUCACGCUCGGCUCUGCCGCCGGCGUGUGGCGCAUGUUCCAGUUCCUGGAUGACGAGCGCUCAUGA